GAUUAAAGUGGUGAUCUGUCUCUUUCGCUUCCUCGUUGCGUUGCUGAACGGUUGCACAAAGCCACGUGCAUCUUCAAAAUAAAAUGGAUAAACCAGUUGUUCUCGCAAGAGUGAUCAAAGUCCUGGGUCGUACAGGCUCCCAAGGACAAUGUACACAAGUUAAAGUUGAGUUCCUGGGUGAGCAGAACCGCCAGAUCAUCAGGAAUGUCAAGGGGCCGGUUCGUGAGGGCGACCUCCUAACCUUACUCGAGUCUGAGCGUGAGGCCAGGAGACUGCGAUGAAGAACUUCAAUCUCCAAUACCUACGUAAGAAGAAAAUUGGCACCAGCUGCAUUCCUGGAUUUAUUCGCUGAUUGUUCGUAACGAGAGCACGACAUUUUGUUCAAAUAACGCCGAGGGUAGCAGCACGAUUUGGAAUACCUCUUCGUCAUCGUGUCACUCCACCGAUGUUUAACACCAAGUUAUGUUAAUAAAUCACAGCUGGUAACCACAAA